AUAUUAACAUACCGUUGGAUGAUUAGCGAGAAAUGACUGAUAAUGUCGGACUACGAUCUGCAGUUUCAAGCGGACUUGGAGAAGGCUCAGGCUCUCAGUUUGGAAAGCCUUGCUCUGGAGCAGUUCCGCAGGCAGAAGAUAGCAAAUUCAGAUAAUGGCGCAGGCGUUAGUACGCGUCAGCGCGAAGAGAAAGACGGGCCGCCGCCUGCGCUGCCACCACCCCCGCGGAGGCCAUCACGUGGACGCCCAGCCGCCAACGACGCCUCCAGGUCGACUGGCGCAAGUCCUACCCGUGACGUCAGCAGUGAUUUGAUUUCCUUCUCCAGCCCCACCAGCAAGACAACGCCACAGGAUCCUCAUGCUUCGCUCAAGGAAUAUAUCAACAAGUUGGGUCAACAGACAGAAGAUUUAACUCUUAGCACAACAGAACAACCCCCUGCCACAAUGAACAACCAGAACUACAAUCAACGGCCAGGGUACCCCUAUACCCCCCCUUACGGCUACCAAUACCCACCUCCAUACAUGCCAACUCCCUACCCGCCCGGACCGUCGUACCCCAUGCCUCCGCCCGGUACUAACUACCCGUAUUACCCGCAGCCCAUGCCUGGAGCGCCUGAACCCAGUCCUUACCGCUCUAUGUAUGGAAGAGUGCCUUACAACCAAACUAGAAUGGCAACGCCGAGUCCUUACGUCCGCCACCAGUCUCCAGCCCCAGCUUACAACUACUCGACAACGAAUAUGAUCGCGCGGCCAACGCGACCGUUGUACCCUUCACUUGGAGCGAUACAGAAUGUACAGAAUCAAAUGCACCCGUACCCGCCGGCUUCUACAACGCACCAUGUCUAUGUGACCAAUAACAAUAAUACUCAUACCGCGGUUAAGACAGAGCCUUCGAGGGAUAGCGUUGAAAGCAACGCGUCGAAACAAUCAGAAGUUAGUAAUGGGUCAACCGAGUCGAACGACACCUUGGGUAGUCUACCGACGUCCAUGAAUCUGAUCGACUUCGGAGGUAGGAGCAAAAGCGGACCAGGUAGCGUAAGAGUCAGUGUACUUGAAGCGUUUGAUCCGCUACUAACUGAAUCAAACGACGUUGAACACAAGGUUGCAAGUGAAUGCUCAAGUAGCGUGUAUGAAGAAUACGACCCUCUAGAUUUUCUAUACGGAGAGACAGAGAUGCGAGAUACAAUAUUUAUGUAUUCGACUGUGAAUAAGAAGGAGAGCGCUACGCUUCCCUCACUGCCGCCCAAGAGCAUGCCUUCAGUGCCUGCUGUGGCCAAAAGGAGUACAACAAAAAAACUUUACGACUGCAUAGUUAAAAGUAGGACAAAGAAUUACGACAGCGAAUACAAGGCCUUCUUGAAUAUGGUUCUUGAUGUUAGAAAAAAAUACGUGUACUCUGAUGAGAAUACGAACCCCGGCCACGUGAUAGCGGCGCGGUCGGGCGGCCGCUACCCGCCCAACACAAGCAUCAAGAUGCUGGUGCACCACGCGCACUCCGACGAGCCCAUCACGUUCACCUCCGAUGUUGAAUCGACUGUGGAACAUGUGAUUCUUCAAAUUGUUUGUUCUCUCGAAGAAGAUGCAAGAGAAGACAUUUCAGUAUAUUCGCUGAGGGUAUGGGGUGCAAAAGAAUACCUAACGCCUGGCAGUACUCUGAGCGAGUACGACUACAUUCGCGAAUGCGUGCGACUAGAAAAAGACGUCCGUCUAUGUCUACACGACGGCAAGGACGUUUCUUUAGCGAGAACGGAACGGGACGACGCCAGAGACGGACACUUGACCCUGGACGAUCUGAUGCCUACGCAGGGAGCCUCACCGCAGUUGUCUUUUGAUAACCUUUCUAUUUUGCUUGAGACGCUGGAGGGCGAGCUGUCGCGCGCCGUGGGCGUGACGCGGGGCGAGGGCAGCUGCUCGCCCAAGGCCGUGUUCCAGGCCGUCAAGGCCAUCUGCGCGCUGGCCGGCGGCGUCGAGACGCUGCACGUCACGCACACGCUCAACGCCUUCGCGCAGGCCUGCACCGCGCAGGUAGCUCCGCCGCGAAACUCACAAAACGAAUUUGUGGGCAACAGCAACGCCGUGACCCCCGUGAUCCACGCCGACGACGGCCAGUACUCGUCGGUGUCGAUCCGCCCGGCGACGGCCCGCGAGGCGCUGGCGCAGCAGUGCAGCCGCGUCCGGGACGCGGUCCGCUCCCUCGUGGCGCUCUACAGCCGGACCAGGCUGCUCGACUUCCAGCUGGCCGAGGCGCCUUACGUCACGCCCGCUAAUCCUGAUAAAGCGGUGCCAGCUCACUCUAUCUCCGAGACAACCCUGUUCUGCAUCGAAGCAGUGCACUGCCUGCCCCACUCCUGGAACCAUGACGAAUAUUUGUUCCAAGCUCAAGUCUACUACGGGACGCGCCCGUUGAAGACAAAACACGUCACACUGUCCUCCAAAAUUGAAAGCGGGGGAUUCUACCCGAGAAUCAUAUUUGACACCUGGCUUAAUCUAGAAGACUUGCCAAUAAACGCACUGCCUCGCGAGUCGCGUUUGAUUAUCAUCCUUUACGGACGAACUCUAAGAGCAGUGGACAACAAAGCUGCCGAGAACAACGAAAACAAUCAGCAGAACAGCGAGAACGGUGAAGACAACGGUCAUCUUCAGUACGAGCAGGUCGAACUUGGGUGGUCGGCUAUACAGCUCUUUGAUUACAACGGAAUGCUUGCGUCAGGCCACUAUAUCCUGCCACUGUGGCCCACUUAUUGCGAUGGACGCAUGGGACCAGCGCCUCAUCCUAUGAACUCGCCGCCUGGGCCCCAUCCUUGGGUUAAUAUUGAAAUACCUUUGUACACUCACACGGGUGUGGUGUGGAGGGACGAGGCGCACAAAGAGAAAGAAUUGUCGCGAGCAGAUCUACCGUCGUUCGAAUCGUUGGACGGCCACACGCAGUCGCAGUUGCUGCAUCUUAUAGAACAAGGCGCUUAUCAGAAGAUGCCGACCGAAUGCAGAGAGGUAAUGUGGGAGAAACGUCAGUACCUGGUGGACCUUGCCGGCGCGUUGCCGUUGGUCCUACUGGCGGCCACGCACUGGUACGGCGAGCACCGCGCGCAGCUCGUCGCGCUGCUGCGCCUGUGGGCGAAGCCGUCGCCGCUCAACGCCAUGCAUUUGCUGCUACCUUGCUUCCCAGAUGCAACAGUGCGCGAGAUCGCAGCUGAACUGCUGGACGGCCUGUCGGACGACGAGCUGUGCUGCAUGCUACCACAGCUGAUGCAGGCGCUGCGUCACGAGACCUACGAGGCUGGCCCCCUUGCCAAGUUAUUACUGUCACGGGCGCUAAGGGCGCCGGCUGUUGCUCACCGGUUGUUCUGGUUACUAGUGCAUUCUUUGCCUAACGUGCGACAGAGCCAAGAGUUCCUGAGCAUCUCGCUGGAGGAGAGCUCGAUGGAGGCCGCGGCGGCCGCCGAGGCGGCGGCGACCGAGGGCCGCUACCGGCUGCUGCUGCGCGCGCUGCUGGCCGUGGCGGGCGAGAACCUGGCCGCCACGCUGGACCGCCAGCAGCUGCUGGUCAAGACGCUGUCGGAGGUGGCGCUGUCGGUGAAGGGCGCCAAGGACAGCCAGCGCGGGCGCGCGCUCACGGCGGGCGGCGAGCGGCUGGCGGCGCUGCUGCGCCAGAGCCCGGCCGCGCUGCCGCUGGCGCUGCACAAGGUGGUGCACGACGUCGACGUCAAGUCUUGUUUGUGCUUCCCCUCGAACACGCUUCCUCUGAAAAUCAACUUCAUUGGCAACGACAAUGCAGUCAUUCCAGCCAUGUUCAAAGUUGGUGAUGAUCUUCGACAAGAUGCGCUUGUGUUGCAAGUAAUAAAAAUAAUGGACAACCUCUGGUUGAGAGCAGGCCUGGACCUCCGAAUAGUGACUUUCCAAGCCCUACCCACCAGCAAUCAGAGGGGGAUGAUAGAAAUCGUUAAUGAAGCCGAAACCUUGAGAGCUAUUCAAACCGAAUGGGGUUUAACGGGGUCGUUUAAAGAUAAGCCUAUCGCUGAAUGGCUGGCCAAGCACAACCCUUCUGAAUUGGAGUACCAACGCGCUAGAGACAACUUUACAUCGUCGUGCGCGGGCUAUAGUGUGGCGACGUACUUGCUGGGCAUCUGCGACCGCCACAACGACAACAUCAUGUUGAAGACCUCCGGCCAUCUCUUCCACAUCGACUUCGGAAAAUUCCUCGGCGACGCUCAGAUGUUUGGAAAUUUUAAGAGAGACCGCGCGCCGUUCGUGCUGACGCACGACAUGGUGUAUGUGAUCAACGGCGGCGAUCGGCCCACGCAGCGGUUCCAGCACUUCGUGGAGCUCUGCUGCAUGGCCUUCAACAUCGUGCGCUCGCACCAGGACCACAUCCUCGGCCUCUUUGCGCUGAUGGCGGCGUCGGGCGUGCCGGGCGUGUCGAGCGCGGCCGUGGCGUACGUGCGCGCGGCGCUGCUGCCCGCCGCGUCCAGCGCCGAGGCGGCCGCGGCCUUCGCGCGCCUCAUCCACUCCUCGCUCAAGAGCAAGUUCACACCCAUCAACUUCUUCCUGCACAACCUGGCGCAGCUGCGCGCCAGCGGCGACCAGACCUCCAACACCUCGGACCUGCUCUCCUUCAUGCCGAGGACCUACACAAUGGCCCAAGAAGGGCGUCUAGUCAGCGUAGAGUGCCUCGGCUAUGAGAAGCGCUACGACCCGGAAAAGCACUACGUGUACGCGCUACGCAUCUACAGGCAAGGGCAGACGACGCCGUUCGUAGUCUACCGCUCCUACAAGCACUUCACAGAGUUGUACCAGAAGAUCUGCAUGCAUUUCCCACUCGCUAAAGUGCACAGCUUACCUUCGGGCCUUCAUGUGGGUCGAUCGAAUAUCCGGCAAGUGGCCGAACGGAGGUUCGGCGACGUGCAGGCAUUCCUCACGUCUCUGUUCAACCUGGCCGACGAGAUCGCGCACUCCGACCUCGUGUACACCUUCUUCCAUCCGCUGUUGAGGGACCAGCAGGACGUGGAACCGCAGCGUAUGAAGAAUCCAGAGCCAGCGGAGCCGGAAUCGACGGGCUCGGGGUCGCUGAAGUUGUCGGUGCAGUACGCGGGAGGCGUGCUAGCCGUGCUUAUCCUGCACGCGCAGUCGCUGGCGCUCACACCACAGGGUCUGCCGCCCAACCCCUACGUCAAGGUGUAUCUAUUACCAGAUCCAACCAAAGAAACGAAGCGCAAGACCCGCGUCCUGAAGCGGAAUUCACAUCCUUCAUUCAUGGAGAUGCUAGAAUACAGACUACCUAUCGACGUCAUCAGGCACCGAAGCCUCCAGGCGACAGUAUGGCAUUACGACUCCUUGCAAGAAAAUCAAUUCCUCGGCGGUGUCAUGAUACCACUCGCCAAUUUGCCGUUACGUGAAGAAACUGUGGCGUGGUAUCCCCUGGAAUAUAUACCCCGGUAGCUAUUGCUAGCACGCUCCGCCUUGUGGAGCACUAAUAUCCCGUGAUUUGUAGGUCAAUUUUGGUAUUGUCAGAAUAAGCGAUUCAACCGCAUUUACAUUAUGCUAUACCUCUCUCUAUUUUUUUCUCCACACACUUCAAUUAUAAUCUUUUUCACGUAGCACCUAGCCGACGUUGACUAUUCUAGAGAUGUAUCACUACAAUUAUCGAUUUAAUUAAACAAAUUCGGACUGAAUAUUUUUUCAGUAAUUUGGAACAAACGUUUUUGUACAAAACAUUUUCAUUUCGAUUUCAUGCUAUCAGUUAUUAUUUUGUUACAUUGAGGGACAGUUAUACAUAAACAAAAAUACAUAUAAUUAAAUUUUAUAUAUGUUAAAACUCGUGAACAAAUUUGGUUUUGGGUUUACUGUUCUGAGAAGUUUGAAAUUAAAGAUGUUCCCAGUUUGAAGUUUUGGAGGUUAUAUUUUACAUAAUUGAAUACAAAAUAUUAGGUGUAUUAUUAUAUCAAAAUAAACUGCAGAAAAGCCUUAAACAGAGGAAAUUAUAUAAUGAUAUGGUCAAAAGGCAUGACGUUAAGCCAUCAGAAAGCGAGUUUAAUGUCUACUCGCACACAAAUUAUUUUUUGUGAUACGUGCCAUCUAUCCCUGAUAUCGGGAACUUUUUUGUCGGUUUUAUCACUUUCUCGCAUGGUAUGGUUGGAGAAGAAAUUAUCAGCUUUAUUUUUUAUAAUAAAGUAGUUCCUAUCUAUACGCAGGUACUGAAAAUAUGUUUUUUUUGCGGCUAGAUUUCGCUCAACAUUAAGAAACUAACAAUUGUAGAUGUCAGUCCGAUUACAUACUAAUUAGUCAUUUGAGUUUCUUUUAUAUAUGAUUUUUAUUUCCAGACUUAGACAGACCUUUAGAAUAAUUUAAAAAAGCUAAUGAAUUUAUUUUUAUUCAAACUUGUAAUUAUGACAUUAGAAGACGCUAGAGAAUUCUUUUAAAUAUGGUUUCGCUAUUGUUUUUUUGAAUUAUUGCCACGUCAAAUGGAAUUUAUCAAACGUUACCUUACUAUGUGAAAAAGAUUUAGUAAGUAAGGAGAAUAAUAUAGGAGAAUUAUUAACCACACAAAAUGUAGUAUAAUGUAAAUAGGUGUGUAGGUAGGCCCGUUACAUAUAUUAAAAUUGAUUGAUACAUUGCUACUAAGGGAUAGGGGUUCAUUUAUAUAAGGUGCUAAUAAAUUGUUACGUAUAAUUUUAGGGCCGUCAAUUCACCACAGAAGGAUCAAUUACAAAUUUGUUGCCUUUGCAUUAUACUAACAUUUGAAAAUGGGAAUAAACGUUGUCAAACAAUUUAAUAGAUAUUUGCACACCUAUCUAUUACCUCGAUGUUUCGGCCAGGUUGCACUAACGGCGGUCAAAUUAAUGGGUAGGCUGACUCAGCGAGAAUAAUUUUUUUUAUUUAAUUGGUAAGUUGUCGGCUUACCUAUUAAAUUGUUCAAUCGCGUUUAUUCCCGUUUUGAAAUUUUAGUUCAAAACUUUACAGAAAACCUAAUUUAUAUUUCUGUCCAAAUAUAAUUUUUAUUUAUUUUUUAUUUUAGUAGUGAAGGGGCCAGUAAUAGUUAAAACGUGCCAAAAGAUGACAUUGAAAAUAUUUGAAUAGCUUUAGUAAUUAUAUUGUCCUUAAAUUUUUCGAAAAAAAAAAAUAACUUAUUGUUGCUAUCUUUACUUCAAACUGAUUAGAAACAUUCGUAUCUAAUUUAUUAGCACUCUGUAUGCGCUCGUUUUGUUCAAUGGCCUCCUAAAAUUGUUAAUUUUUAUAAAUCAAAUCGUUUACUUCGUUUUAAAGAACAAAUUGAUAUGGUGUUCAAUAGAGAUUCCUAUUUAACCCUAUGUCCAAUGAUUACACGCGGGUUUCUUCUGAGGAAAAGGCUA